GGGAUCAUCAUCGUAAGAGAGGAAACUGACCAAUUCCACAGCAGUCUCCUCACCUGUAAUCCCUUACUCUAAAGACCUUCUCAUGGGAAACAUAACCAAGAGGGGAAGCAGAGACCUGAUGGCUGACAGUGCCAUGCCGCUGGAGAGCCUGGUGUCUGCACUGCAGUCUAGACUUUAUGACGCCAUCAUCAAGGAAGACUGUGACACAAUCAAGACACUUCUCAGAAGCCACCCUGUGAACCAGCCCCUGACCAUCCUGGCCAGCUCCACCGGCCACAGACUCCUGAGCCAGCAGACACAGCCUAUCUUUCCCAUCCAUCUGGCCGCCGAAUACCGCAAGCCACAAAGUUUGCUUUGCUUGUUGCAACAUGGUGCUGACCCAGAAGUCAGGGACGGCCAAGGCCUUACUACUCUUCAUCUGAUGCUGCUGAACUGGCCAGUCACUUCUACCACAUGGACCAAACCCAGCACUCGGAUCCAAAAGAUCCUGACGGACAUUCAGAGGAACACUGUCAUGUGUCUGCGCAUUUUGUGUGACCACGGAGCUCAGGUUAAUGCCCGGGUAGACAGCGGCAACAAAGAUUCACCCCUCCACCUGGCCAUAACAUAUGGGAACUAUUCAGUUCUCUCCAUUUUGGCUCAAAAUGGUGCCCAGGUCAAUGCUAUUAAUGAAUCCAGCAUGGCACCCCUCCACAUGGCUGCAUACAUACUGAACAAAAACAUGAUAGAGACACUCAUUGCCUGUGGGGCCAAUGUGAACUGUGCCAUCGCAUCUACUGGAGUCACAGCUCUGCAGCUGGCAGUGUGUACCGCAUCGAGCAAAGCCGGCCGACUGCUGGCAGCGGGGGUGGGCUGUAUCCGUCUGCUGCUAAAUCAUGGAGCCCAGGUCAAUGCCCAGGACCAUGAAGGCCAUACAGCUCUGCAUGAGGCAUGCUUUGGAGGCAGAGAAGUGAUCAUCAAUCUCUUGCUGGAAUUUAAGGCAAACGUUAACAUUUUAACAAGAAAUGGGGAAUCUCCAAUUUAUAUGUACCUUCAGAACAGUUCCAACAUCAGAGAUGUAACGCUUCUGGCCAGGCUACUUGAUCGUACUUAUCCUUUAAGGCUGACCAAUAAACAAGGGAUUCUACCAGCAGGAAUCAUGCUACCAGAAUUCCAUAUCUUAAGAGAGACCCUAAUAAAGUUAUCAAAAAAACCUUUAACCCUAGAGGCCAUCUGUAAGAGAAACAUCAGAAAUGUUUACGGGGAGAAGUACAAAUCCCACCUGAAGAAGCUUCUCCCUUCAAAGCUCUGGAACUCCAUAUAUGGCAUUUAUGAUUUCACAUCCCUGUUAAAAUGA